GCCCGAGCUCAUUCUCUGCCCGCAGCCCCCCUUCAUCUCUCCCCUCCUGCUCCUUUUCUCCUCCUUUCUCCUCCCCCUCCCUUUUUUCCUCCCUCCCUCUCCCCCUUCCCCUCGCUCCCCUCCUCCCUCCCUCCCCGUCUUUCUUGCCCCCUCCCUUUCUCUCGCUCUCUCUCACUCGUUCCCUAACAUUAAAGAGAAAAUGCUGCUAUCGGUGACUUCCAGGCCCGGGAUUUCGACUUUUGGCUACAAUAGAAACAACAAGAAGCCAUAUGUGUCACUGGCUCAGCAGAUGGCACCACCUAGCCCAAGCAACAGUACACCUAACAGCAGUAGUGGAAGCAAUGGAAAUGACCAGCUGAGCAAAACCAACCUAUACAUCCGAGGAUUGCAACCAGGCACUACUGACCAAGAUCUUGUCAAGCUGUGUCAGCCAUGAUGAGGCUGAGACACCAAAAGGUUAAAUGACUUGUUCAAGAUCACACAUAACUAAAAUGUGGCAGAACCAGCAUUUGAACCAAAGCAAUUUGGCUCAGGUUGACCUUCAGUUAAAGGGAUAUGGCAAGAUUGUUUCCACUAAGGCCAUACUGGACAAGACCACAAACAAAUGCAAAGGCUAUGGCUUUGUAGAUUUUGACAGCCCUUCAGCAGCACAGAAAGCUGUAACAGCACUGAAGGCCAGUGGUGUACAGGCACAGAUGGCAAAGCAACAGGAACAGGACCCCACAAAUUUAUACAUCUCAAACCUCCCACUGUCAAUGGAUGAGCAGGAACUGGAGGGGAUGCUGAAGCCCUUUGGCCAGGUUAUCUCUACCCGUAUCCUUCGAGAUACCAGUGGGACCAGCAGAGGUGUCGGCUUUGCAAGGAUGGAGUCCACAGAGAAGUGUGAAGCCAUCAUCACCCACUUUAAUGGAAAAUAUAUUAAGACACCCCCUGGAGUACCAGCCCCAUCUGAUCCCUUGCUUUGCAAAUUUGCUGAUGGCGGGCCAAAGAAACGACAGAACCAAGGAAAAUUUGUGCAAAAUGGACGGGCUUGGCCAAGGAAUGGAGACAUGGGCAGCAUGGCCUUGACCUAUGACCCCACAACAGCUCUUCAGAAUGGGUUUUACCCAGCCCCUUAUAACAUCACCCCCAACAGGAUGCUUGCUCAGUCUGCACUCUCCCCAUACCUUUCCUCUCCUGUGUCUUCGUAUCAGAGAGUGACUCAGACAUCUCCUCUACAAGUACCUAACCCAUCUUGGAUGCACCACCAUUCAUACCUCAUGCAGCCUUCAGGUUCAGUUCUGACACCAGGGAUGGACCAUCCCGUUUCUCUCCAGCCUGCCUCCAUGAUGGGACCCCUUACCCAGCAACUGGGCCACCUCUCCCUCAGCAGCACAGGCACGUAUAUGCCGACGGCUGCAGCUAUGCAAGGAGCUUACAUCUCCCAGUACACGCCUGUGCCUUCUUCCAGUGUUUCAGUCGAGGAGAGCAGCGGCCAACAGAACCAAGUGGCAGUGGACGCACCCUCAGAGCAUGGGGUCUAUUCUUUCCAGUUCAACAAGUAACAGUGGGAGAUUCCCCUCCCCAUCUUUACUGAAUAGAAAUGAAUUCUUGGAGAUACUCUUGCUCCCAGAUUCCAGAGGGUUAACCAGGAAUGGAGACCAUCCGUCGGCCCUGCUAAGGACUAACACUUAGCCAUCGUUUUUCUCAGGCCUGGGCCUGGAAAAAGAAAGCUCUAUGUUCCUGCCCUUUGCUAUUUCUCCGUUGCUGAUGGAGCCUGGGGGAACCAUCACUUUUCUUGUGUGCUACAUUCAAGGAGAUCAAAAAAACUUUUUUUCUUUUGCAAAGAAAGCUUUUUGUUUUUAACUGCAACGUACUUUUCCCCUACCCUAAAGAGACAUGGUGGUUGUAGCUUCUCAUCUAUAUGAAAAAGUUUUUGAUAUAUUGGAAUUAUUUGGGAAUGCUUUUAAAAUAAUUUGUAAUUAUUUCUUUACAAACCAAAACAGAACAGAAAGAUGUGGUGCUAGAACAUUGCUGAAGGAGCUCUACUUACUGAGCUUAGUUCUGGACUUUUUUGAUGUGUGUCUAUGUGUUUUAAAAAGUAUGAAGCCUUUAAAAAAUUUGUUUGGUAAAGCUCUCAGCUCACACACCCCAUCUCCUCUUCACCCAUAUUAUGCCUUCUUCCUCUAGUCCAGAUUGUUCUUUUUCUCUUUUCUAAACAGCUGAGCCUGCCUAUUUUGCCCUCUUACAGCUUUUAAUUUUAUGGAUUUUAAAAAAUGACAUUUCAUGUGGAAUUUGGGGUUGAGGGGCAGGCUGGGCAAGGAACAAGGUAGAACAAGAAGUAGGCCAUGGAAGUGGCUGUUCUUUCCCCCACCCUGCCACACCCUGGGAGAAAAAACUAGACUUUGGCUUCAGAAAGCACAGAUGUGACCCAGGCUUACUAAAGAGACGAUUCCACAGCCCUGGGAACACACCCUUGAGCCAAAUGUGAAGACUAGGUCUUCCCUGGCAAGUUCCGGAAGAAUGGACUUACUGACUUUUACCAACUCUUCUCACUGCCAAGGCCAACAGCGUCUGAGGAAGUGUCUUUUCCAGCUACAGCUUUUUGGGAGUACCUGCUUUCCUGCUUCCUGGAGGAUAUUUUCUGUCCUGGGCUUCAUGGCCCCUCUCUUCCCUGUUGCACGUUGCUGUGCUCAGAGCCUUUGCAGCUGUGACCUAGUUGAAUCCACAUAGGCUCCUUCCACACUGGGGAGGAUCUGCUGCUUCACCCACAGACCAGAGGUUCUCAACCAGAGGUGAUUUUGUCCUUCCCAGGCCUUUGGCAACAUCUAGAGACAAUUUCGAUUGCCAUGCCUGGAGGUGGGAUGUGUGUGCUACUGGCAUCUAGUGGCUGGAAGCCAGGGUUGCUGCUAAACAUGGUACACUGCAUAGUAUAGUCCCCACUACCCCCAACCAAGAAUUAUCUGACUCCAGAGGUCAAUAUUACCAAGAUUGGGAAACACUGAUAUAUCAGUGUUGUCCCUGCCUCCUGGGUUAGGGUAAAUUGUCACCCCAACCCUGGACAAACAGUGCCUUUUGACACUCAUGCAACUGUUUGGGAAGGACUGGACUGGGAUCCUUGAAUUCUCCCCAGACUUUGACUUUUGAUAACUCUGUAUGUAGCAAGAGUGAUUCUUGAAAGAGUUGUGGCUCCAUGCUGAAUGCACACGUGUACUCAGAGGGAUUCAGUGGGCACUGUUCUAGUGUGUGCUGUGCAAUGGUGGGAAAGGACAAAGCUCUCUAAACUGUCCAGAGCAACUUGCCCUGCCCUGGUGUGCUUGGACCCUUUGCCCAGGGAACCAGGACAUGAGAAAUAAUGUUCCUUCUGUGGAAGGACAACAGAGAGCUAGGGUAGAAAAGAACAAUAAAUUCCAACUCUUU